AUGCCUUCGGCAACACUUUCCGAGAUCGAUAUCAAUGAAGUAAAGGCAGUUGUUGACUCUGCCGUUGAAGCACUACAGACCGAACUGCGCGAAGUAAAUAGACAGAUCUGGUCUAACCCCGAGCUUGCCUACGAAGAACAUCAUGCUCACGACACAAUCUGCAAUUUCCUGGAGUCUCAAGGCUUUCAAGUGACUCGCCAUGCCUUUGGUUUAGAGACCUCCUUUGAAGCGCGCAGUAGCAGCGGUGACCCCGAAGAAGGCCCUCUUAUUAACUUUAAUGCGGAAUAUGAUGCUUUACCAGAUAUGGGCCAUGCCUGCGGUCACAACUUGAUUGCCACGAGUAGCAUCGCCGCAUUUUUGGCGUUGUCCGCCGCGUUGAAGAAGUUCGGUAUCCCGGGACGCACCCAACUCCUCGGAACUCCCGCCGAAGAGAAUGGCGGCGGAAAAGCGCAGUUGAUUGAUAAUGGAGCUUAUAAGGGAGUUGAUAUUUCGUUGAUGGCUCACGGCGGCCCAUCCAUAUUAGGCGAUGGUGUUGCAGGCGUACUCUUCAAUGCCCGCAAACAGAUCCAGGUCGAGUUUACAGGCAAAAAUGCGCACGCCGGUGGUAACCCAUGGGACGGCAUUAACGCUCUCGACGCCUUGGUAGCAUCCUACAAUAACGUGGCCAUCCUACGACAGCAGAUUCUGCCCGACGAGCGUAUUCACUGCGCUUUCCUCGACACACCCAAGGUGGCCAAUGUCAUUCCUUCCUCCACAAAGGCAUAUUGGCAAGUGCGAAGUCCGACAUUGAAGGGUUUGAAUAAGCUUACAGCCCGUGUGCGGAGUUGCAUUGAAGCCGGUGCGUUGGCGACGGGAUGUGAGGUUAAGAUGGAAGAAGACAGUUUAUACACAGACAUGAAGCUAAACGAUACACUGUGUGAACGAUACAAAAAGAACAUGAGUCUUUACGACCGUUCCAUCAUAAAGAAGGUCGAGCAAGUCGCGACCGCUUCAUCGGAUAUCGGUAACGUGAGCUACGUCGUCCCAACUCUGCACAGCGUGUUCUCUAUUCGCGGCGUGCCGGGCGCAUAUCCCCAUCACCCGUCUUUUACCGCUGAGGCGGGAACCGACGCUGCACACGGCGAAGCUAUCAUUGUCGGAAAGGGUCUUGCCUUGACCGGCUGGGAGAUGUUGGCUGAUGCGGGUCUUUUGCAGCAGGCGCGGGAGCAAUGGAAGGAGGCAAUUGAGAGCGAUAAAUAA